CAAAAAUCUUCUCGGUGUCUAUGACCUGCUCAAAUCGGUUACCAUCUCAAAUCGGUUACCAUAGAAUCUGAGAUUUGUCUUGCAUGAUCAACAUGACAGACUCGGACAGCGUUCCACUUUUUGCAAUACAAAUUUCGCCAGAUUGUAGUGGGGUUUCGGGCUCCGGAACUUGUCAUGCGCAAUCCUACAAGAGUUUGCUAGAUCAUGCAAUUUUGCAUCACAGAUUUCCAUAUUCUAUUGUAACAGUUGAGAUUGUAACAGCUGAGCGCGUUAUAGUGUCGCUUUCUCCAAAGCGGUGAACGAAACUUUAGGUGCGAACAACUUCGCGGGGUAUCAAAUGUAAAAAUGUCUGGGUCUGGAAACUUGUGAUGCUGGGUGGCGUCUCAUGAUGAGGCCACAAAUGCUGGCUCAGCAUCACAAGUUUCUGAGCUUCUAGGUGUUGCCUAUUCUGCAUGACAAACUGCGUUUCUGCAUCACAGAAAAGUGGAGCUCUUUGGUAACGUGCAUGACAGAUUUAAGAGUCAUGCCAGACAAGCAUGACAAACAUGCAUUCUUCCAGACCCAGACAUUUUUACAUUUGAUACGGGGAGGUCCCAAACCAUCAACGCGAAGAAGUACAGUGCGUUUCAGGGUGUUAAACCCGCGAAUGUCUACAGCAAAGUCCUCGCCGUGGAGCAAGCGAGUGGCGAAGCUGUCGGCGUUUUCAACUGCAAGUUCUACGUGUCCUUCCCAACGAUGGAUGUGGAAUUAGCGAAAUUGCUGUUCAUAUGCACUGCAAAUAUGUCUGGGUCUGGAAUAAACUUGUGAUGCAAGGAAGGGAAUAGUGAAAGCACUGUAAUGCGCUGCCCAGCAUGACAAGUGUUGCCGUGGUUCACAGUUGCGUACUCCGCAUGAGAAACUGCGUUUUUGCAUGACGGGCAAGGGGAUCUCUUCGCGGCCACGCAAUACAGAGCUCAGAGUCAUGCCAGACUAGCAUGACAAAUUUCGGAAGCUUCCAGACCCAGACAUAUUUGCAUUUGAUAGCUCAGCAACGGCGAUGCCACCACAACGAACAACGCGAAGCCGGAGGCGUUCAUUUUCGCGAAUUUAGCGAAAAAAUACGUCGAGGAGAUUGUCCUGAAAAAGACGAAAACGUAUAAUAACAACGACUCAACCCCCGACCAGCUCUGGCCGUUCCAUACCGUGACGAAGGAUUCAGACAAUGCUGAGAACAAGGUUUAUCGGAAGGUGUCCAAAAAGCAGUUUAUCGAGACCAUUGUCAGAAUCGAAACGGCUAGUACGAACAAGCAAGUGAAGAAUCUGAUAACAAGCUUCUACGACGGUAAUGUGGAUGCGUUCAACACGAAGUACCACCCGUUUUUUGCGGAUAAGAUCUCCAGCAACAGUUGGAAACCGACGAGUUUUGACUCUACCUCCGCGGUAUGGAUUGCAAAAAUGUCUGGGUCUGGAAGAAUGCAAGUUUGUCAUGCAGUUUUUCCAAGCUCCCUCAAGUCUGGAAUGCGGGGCCUAGCAUGACAGGUUUUACAGCCCCUUGGUGAUGCCUAUUCUGCAUCAGAAAUACCCUCUCAGAAUGGCCAGGAGUCAAAACCUUUUGCCAGUCAUGCAACACAGAUCUUUGUAUGAUCCGCAACUCGCAUCACAAGUUCGGAUCCUUCCAGACCCAGACACUUUUGCAUUUGAUACGCGGAUUCCACCAUGCUAACUUCCGAUUGGUCCAUUGUCGCGGUCAACAACGUGGAGUCGAAGGAUUUAGCGGUCGGGGUCGUCGCGAAAGUGGAAACCGCGGUUGCCGGCGCAUUGACGAAACUGUUUGCGAAAGUGGAUGAGAUGUCAAGUACAAUCUCUUCCGCUUCCACGAACCUUGUUGGUACCUACAGCAGCGGCGGUUCUGGCUCGCACGAGCGCCCGUAUCUGGAGUGGCGGCGCGGGGAUGUGAUUGGCCGCAUUGCGGAUUUGUCGUCUGGACAAAGCUCCACCUUCGUCGACGUGAAAAUCAUCGUGGAAAUCGACUCCGAGAAGCAGAAGAGUCUAGUCGGGGUGGAAUCUUCGGUGACUGCUAUCGCGAAAUCCUUCACGAAGGAUGAUUCCACCGCUGGAACUAUGUUAGCCGGGAUCAAGUCGAAUUUGCUUGCUAUGGAGAUGGAGCAAGCGGGGGAUAAUUUGGUCGUUUCCUACCCGUACGGGUUGGCAAACACGGCGGGGUUACUCCCGAAAGUCUCUUCCGGCCCGGCGUACAGCAAUUCUGAAAAUGACCAACAAAUGCUGAAGAGCCCGUUUGUCAUGGAGGUGCGGGUUGCGGUUUACUUGAAUCACGCGUCCGGUGUACCCGUUGAGGAGCAAGCGGAUUUAACAGUAGCGUCUUCCCGGGAGAAAGCGACAAACGCGGUGGCUAGCGCCCUAGAAUCCAUGUUUGUCACUGAUUUGUCCUCUCCCACCGCACUAGAAGAGCUCGCUGGCAUCACUGCGAACGAGGUUUUCUGCACGGCCAGAACGGAAGACACCUACAACCCGAAAGCUGGGUUGCCCGCGAGCAACCGCCGGCUUGUUUUUUCCGUCACGAUCCUCGGGUCUGGCAGGGAUGGGAGUUCGAAUUCUAUUCAAUCCUUACUCGCCCGCUACAACCGGUUCUCUUCGUUCAACCACGUUUCCUCUACUGACAAUUUCAAGACGAAAUUGCAAACCGCGGUGGGGAAUAGUGGAACUUUGAAUACCGCAGGGAACUGGGUGGUCGCGGACGCGUCGAUCUUGAAUUCCGUGCCGAUUUCUCUCUCCGUGGCUCUCGGCUCCAUCAAGUUUUCUGAUAGUGUUGACACUGCUCCUACCGCUCUAUCCGCUUUCAGCAGUACGAACUUCCUCCUGAACAUUCGGAAAGCACUCGCCACCGCGCUCCCCCAGAUGGUGGACCGAGCGUUUAGCUUCAAGCAGGUUGGUAUGAAAUGCAAAAAUGUCUGGGUCUGGGAGAUUGCGAGAUUUGUCAUGCUAGUCUGGCAUGACUCUGAGCUCUGUGUUGCAUGGCCGCGAACAGCUCCUCCUCCCUGUCAUGCAAAAACGCAGUUUGUCAUGCGGAGUACGCAACUCAGAAUCAUGAAAAAAACUUUUCAUGCGUGGCAGCGCAUCAUAGUGAGUUCACUAUUCUUUUUCUUGCAUCACAGGUUUCCAGACUCAGACAUAUUUGCAAUGCAUACUUGGAGCCAUUCUCUUAACCGAGUCCAUCGCCACGGUCUCCACGAACAAGCUCGCUGAGUUUUUGGUUUUCUUACCAGAUACUGGCUCCAAUUCCCUCCACGCGAUCGCGAACGGGGGAACCGCGUUUGCAAAUACUUGGUUCAAAACCGCUUUACAAACCGAGUUCGGCGGUUCUGAUUCGGUCGAGGCGGUGAAUAUGCAUUGCAAAAGUGUCUGGGUCUGGAAACAUGGAACUUGUAAUGCUAGUCCUACAUUCCUGUAAGAUCUGUAUUGCAUGACUAACAAAGAUUCGCCCUCUUUUGUCAUAUUGAAGCGCAGCUUGUCAUGCGGAAUGCGCAUCACAAAGUGUUCGGCAAAAUUGUCAUGCUUGGCUGCCUUGGGAAGUAGUUCAGUCGUGCACACUUUAGCAUCUCAAGUUUCCAGACCAAGACAUGUUUGCAUUUGAUAGUGAAGCUCGAAUCUACCCUAACGGAGUCGAUGAAAACUGAGGGGAAGUUAUCCUGUGUAAAAACUACGUCCCCACCCCAGAGUUGUCAUGCAGAAGUACAAUCACAGAAAAACUUGUAAUGCGCGCCCCCAUGAGUAGAGGCAUUUAGAUUUAGUUCCAAUUGUGUUAUGCAACUUGUGAUGCUGUAAACAGGAUACCAGGAUGGCUUUUUGAUGCGGUAGUUGUGCUUGCUAACCCGCAUUGCAGUACAGAAAAAAUAAAUCGUCAUGCGUGACUCCCAAAACUUCUGGAUCUGUGUUGCAGAUUUCGCAUCUUGACUAUGGGGUCGUGGGGACGUUUUUACACAGGAUAGAAGUCUAUCGCGGAGAAUUCGCUGCUGAAAGCCCGGUAUUUCUACGGGGCGGAUUUCUCCCUGCUUAUCGACGGCGCAAACGCGGACACCAAUCUCGAUGUCUUCGUUCAGGACAAGCAGAAGAUGGAGCAGAAUUUGAUGGCGGUCGUUUCCUCCUCCUCCCCCGCGGUUUCCUUGGAAUCC